AUGGCGAAUUUAAAGCUCUUUUCCAUGGAUUCGACCGUUUUGAAUGGUUACGUGCUAUUAUUUUGCUCAUGGGCCCUAUUUGUUUUCGGUCUAAUGAGUGUAUUUGGAUUUAUCGAUAUUCCUAUAUUGGUGGAUGGAGAUAGUUCCCCUAUUCAUGCAUAUUAUCCUUGCUUGAUAAUUUUAACGCUUACAGUGGCCUUUUUUAUAUGGCUUUUCUUCAACUGGCUUGGGCUAAAAUAUUUUCGACAUUCACCCAGUGCUAUGCGCAGGUAA